AUGGCGUUCAUAAAGUCGCCGGGCGGCAAGCUUUACCAGCUCGGCGAGCAGGCUGAAGCGGACGCCCAUCUGCUGCGCAGUCUACGCUCAUGGGCUGCCGUCGGGCAGGCCAAGAACGCGCUGCUUGCGUUCGCACUGCUCAGCUGGUCAGCGCUGACCCGUGCGGCGAUGGACGAGGACCUUCUGCCGAAGCUCGGCGUGGCGUGCGGCGCAUCCACGGUGCUGAUGCUCACGUACCUGGCCAUCACACCGGAAACUCGAGCGAGCCCAAGCAGCGCCGGGACGCUCCUCUCCACCGUGAUGCUCCUCGCCAUCGUCGUCACCACGACGUGGCUGCGGACGGGCGUCGCCCACGACAUCGUGCGCCCGCUCUCCAACGUCGCCGAGAUCCCUGCCUCGCCUGCCAGGAGCGGCGUCGACCUCAUCGCUGGGCAGGUCGCCGAGGAGGACGUCGAGUGCCAAUGCGCAAGCACGACAAAUGUGCCAUCGCCACGUUUCCGUCGGAUGAAUUAUGUGGAAUCGUUCGUCGUCGCGUGCGGGAUGAGUCGCACGCUGAGGCGCGGCCCACUGCCCGCCAACUGGGACGAUGUCAGGGCAUUUCCCGAUGUGAAGGGGGUGAACGUUGAGCUCCUCAACCUCGAUCGGGCAAGCGGUGCCGACACGAAUUUGGGCGUCUCGCUCCCGGACGAGGACGAGCGCAUGAUCGAGCGGAAGCUGUCGCCGACUACCGCGAACAAUCUCAAGCACUUGGUCAUGGCCGCAGACUACGCCAACCAGAAGGUUCUCGAAAGUGAGGUGGCCAUGUACAAGGCGGUGCACAACCACGACGAGAAGAGCCAGUACCGUGCGGAUCUCGCAGACACGAUCGAGAUUCAGGCGGACAAGGAUCCGAGCAUGCCCGACUUGGGCCCGACUCACCUGAAGGUCGUGCUCGGCCAGCUCCAGAUCGCCCACGAGGAGACGGCUGCGGCGAAGGAGCAGAUGGACGUUGCAGCGGCCGAGCUCGCGCUUGCCAAGGCCCAGUCCGACAACGCCGAGAAGCAGACUCGCGCCAAGAUCUACGCGGAGAUCCUCCGGGGCGAGAACGAGGCUCUCAAGCAGCUCGCCAGCCACGGCGCGUCCUCGGUCAAGGACCUGUGCUCCAUGGCAAACCAGUUCGGCGCCCUUGUGGCGGAGCAGGGACGCAAGGAGUCGCAGCUGGUCGAGACGGUCAGCGAGGCCACCGUGAGCAGCCACGAGCUGCUCAAGACGCUGUCGGGCUACGUCGCCGCGUCGUCCAGUGCAGCGUCGUCGUUGAUGCGCGCGGAGCUGCUGGAGCAGGCGGAUGCCAAGCUGGACAAGAAGGAGGAGGCGGCGGCGAAACGGGCGGCGGCGGAAAAGGCGGAGGACGUCGCCGUCGCCGCGGCGAAGGCGAGGUGGGCUUUCAAGCAGGAGGAUAAGGUGGUGACGCGCGAUGGGGGAGAGAGCAAGUACCGUGAGGUUAUCGGCGAUGCGAAGCUGCUCAAGGAGGCGGCAGAGGCUGAGGCGAACGAGCUCGAAGCGGCGGCUGCCGCGGCGGAGACGGCGGCCGGACCGCUGACGCCGCCGGGGACGCCGCCGCUGCAGCCGGCUUCUAAGCGGGAGUACGGCUGCGCGCUCUGCGGCUCAAAGGACCACAACCUCACCAAGACGACGAAGGGUGUGAGGUCGGUGACCUGCCUCUACCACAAGGAGUUCAAGGCCGUGAUCGGCAAGGAGGACGAGGUCAAGUUCGUCAAACUGACGCCGACGGAGAGGGCCGCAAAGCGGGCGGAGGAGGCGGCGAAGAAGGCGAAGGAGGCGGCGAAGGAGGAGGAGAUGGAACAGGAGGGAGAGCCACCUCCAAGCCCUGGGAGCCCUCCCCUUACUAUUUUUGCAUGCAAGCGGCUAACCACCCGCGAUGCCCUCAUAUUUUGCAUGCUAACCACCGCGAUCACCACCUUCGACGAGUUCACAUGGAACAACGGUGUGCCCAAGCACACCUUCGAGCGUGACGGUACGGAUGCGCUGACGGUCACUCCGACGCCAAACCUCGACUACUGGAGCAAGACGUUCUACGAGCCGCUGCUCGUCAAGCACGACGCGCAGACGUUGCUGAGGCCGGUAGCGGCCGACGUGGAGGCGACGCUCACCACGGCCUUCACGCUCAAGCCGCGGGCCCAGUUCGAUCAGGCUGGCAUCAUGAUCCUGGUCGACGAGGGCACGUGGGUGAAGGCCGGCAUCGAGUUCACCGACGGCUCGCCGCGGCUGUCGUGCGUCGUGACGAACGAGGGCUUCUCCGACUGGAGCACGCAGACGUGGCCCGACUGGGACUCGGCCGCCAAGUCCACGUCGAUCCGCGUCCGCGUCUCCAAGCUGCUUCCGGGCGCAGCGCAGGGCCCGGCGCUCGUCUUCGAGGCGGCGCCGUGGGUGGAGGGCGCGACGGCGGAGAGCGCGGCGCCGUGGGUGCAGAUCCGGAUCGCCAGCCUGCGCAGCGGCGAGAAGCCGUGGCGCAUGGGCCUCUUCGCCAUCUCGCCGAUCGAGGCGGCGGGCUCGUCGACGCGCUUCCACCACGUGCAGCUCGGGCCGAAGCAGGAGCCCGUGCACAGCGCGGACCCGGGACAUGGACCGCAGCAGGAGCUUUGA